GUGUGUGUGUGUGUGUGUGUGUGUGUGUGUGAGUGAAUUCCAGAUUUUCUGUCUUUCCCAAACCCGCUCCUGUCCUCUCGCAUAUCACUCACAGACUGGGAUCUGACAGCAGCGACAAACCUACAGUGAGUGAUCUCUCCCCAGCGCGAAUCCGCCAUCAAGAUCAGGGACGAGGAGGAGGAGGAAGAAGAGGAAGAGGAGGAGGAAGAGGAGGAGAAGGAGGAGGAGAAGGAGGAGGUGGAGGAAGAGGAGGAAGAGGAGGAGGAGGGAAAUAGAAGGAAGAAGAGGAAAAAGAAGAAACCCACUGUCUUCCCAGGAUUGUUUUCCCCCCUUAUCUUUACGCGCGAGUGUGCGCGUGGCGCGUGUGCGCCCCUCGUCCCUGCCAUCUGAACCCCGUCUUGGAUGUUUAAUAAAGAAAUCAAGUGUCUCACCAGUCACCAAAAAAAAACCAGCAAAAAGCAAAACCAAAAAAAGAGAAAAAAAAAUCCAAAAGCAAAAACAAAAAGAGAGAGGGGGAAAAAACCCAAACAAACAAACAAGGCAGAACCAACCUCCACUUGCAAGCAGCAGGCACAAACCGCCUAUCUGCCACCCAGAGAGGGGGUCUCUGGCCCCGCGCUGGAGCGCUGGCAAGGGGAUCGUCAGGGGGACAGAGGCCGAGUGACGUCCUAGGAGCCACAGAAAGACGAGCGAGACUGCGGCCCCCGCGCGCGGCUCGGGGCUGGGGCGCCAGAAGUGAGACUGGAGCUGAGUAGAGAGAUGCCAAGGAGGAAACAGCAGGCACCCAAGCGGGCUGCAGGCUAUGCCCAGGAGGAAGUGCUGAAGGAAGAGGAGGAAAUAAAGGAGGAAGAGGAGGAGGAGGAGGACAGUGGUUCGGUGGCUCACCAACAGGGCAGCAACGACGCUGGUACAGAUGAGGAACUAGAAACAGUCCCAGAGCAGAAAGGCUACUUCAGCUGCCAGAACUCUCCAGGGAGCCACCUGUCCAACCAGGACGCAGAAAACGAAUCUCUUCUGAGCGAUGCCAGCGACCAGGUGUCCGAGAUCAAGAGCAUCUGUGGCCGAGAGGCCUCGGACAAGAAAGCAAAUGCUCACCCCAAGCUUCCAAGCGAACCCCAUAACUGCAUGGAUAAAAUGACAGCCGUCUAUGCCAACAUCCUGUCAGAUUCCUACUGGUCAGGCCUGGGCCUCGGCUUCAAAUUAUCCAACAGCGAGAGACGGAAUUGUGACACCCGCACCAGCAGCAGCAAGAAUGAUUUUGAUUGGCACCAAGACGCCCUGUCCAAAAGCCUCCAGCAGAACUUGCCCUCCCGGUCUGUCUCGAAGCCCAGCCUAUUCAGCUCCGUGCAGCUGUACCGGCAGAGCAGUAAGAUGUGUGGUUCGGUGUUCACCGGAGCCAGCAGGUUCCGCUGCAGGCAGUGCAGCGCAGCCUACGACACUCUGGUGGAGCUGACCGUGCACAUGAAUGAGACGGGCCACUAUCAAGAUGACAACCGCAAAAAAGAUAAGCUCAGAUCCACAAGCUACUCAAAGCCCCGGAAAAGGGCCUUCCAAGACAUGGACAAAGAGGAUGCUCAAAAGGUCCUGAAAUGUAUGUUUUGCGGUGACUCCUUCGAUUCCCUGCAAGAUUUGAGCGUCCACAUGAUAAAGACAAAACAUUACCAAAAAGUGCCUUUGAAGGAACCGGUACCAACCAUUUCCUCUAAAAUGGUCACACCAGCCAAGAAGCGUGUUUUCGAUGUCAACAGGCCUUGCUCCCCGGACUCCACCACAGGGUCACUUGCAGAUUCAUUUUCUUCCCAGAAAAACGCCAACCUGCAGCUGCCCUCCAACAGCCGUUACGGCUACCAGAACGGAGCCAGCUACACCUGGCAGUUCGAGGCCUGCAAGUCCCAGAUCUUAAAGUGUAUGGAGUGUGGCAGUUCUCAUGACACCUUGCAGCAACUCACCACCCACAUGAUGGUCACAGGCCACUUUCUCAAAGUCACCAGCUCCGCCUCCAAGAAAGGAAAGCAGCUGGUGUUGGACCCGCUGGCCGUGGAGAAAAUGCAGUCUCUGUCUGAGACUCCAAGCAGUGAUUCUCUGGCCCCCAAGCCGUCAAGUAACUCUGCCUCUGACUGUACGGCCUCUACCACUGAGUCAAAGAAAGAGAGUAAGAAGGAGAAGGCAGAGGAGAUCAAUGAAGAAGAGCAAGGUAUGAAAAGCGAGGAAUAUGAGGACCCUCUACGGAAGCCUCUCGACCCUACCAUAAAAUACCAGUAUCUAAGAGAGGAGGACUUGGAAGAUGGCUCAAAGGGUGGUGGGGACAUUUUAAAGUCACUGGAAAAUACAGUGACCACAGCCAUCAACAAGGCCCAAAAUGGUGCUCCCAGCUGGAGCGCAUACCCAAGUAUCCACGCAGCCUACCAGCUGUCAGAGGGCGCCAAGCCACCCAUGGCAAUGGGCUCCCAGAUACUGCAAAUCAGACCCAACCUCGCCAACAAGCUGAGGCCCAUUGCACCCAAGUGGAAAGUCAUGCCGCUUGGCCCUGUGCCCACAAACCUGGCCCUGUACACUCAAGUUAAGAAGGAGACAGAAGACAGAGAUGAAGUCGUGAAGGAGUGUGGGAAGGAAAGUCCCCACGAAGAGGCGACAUCUUUUAGCCAGUCUGAGGGGGAGCCUUUCUCCAAAAUCGAACCACCUGCAGAAUCCAGAAAGGCGGAGCCCUGUCCCCUGAAGGAGGAAGAGAAACUGCUCAAAGAGAAACCAGAGCCGUUAGAACCAGUGUCCUCUGUGAGCAACGGAUGUGCACCGGCCAACCACACCCCGGCCCUGCCUUGCAUCAACCCACUCAGCGCCCUGCAGUCAGUCCUGAACAACCACCUGGGCAAAGCUACAGAGCCCUUGCGCUCACCUUCCUGCUCCAGCCCCAACUCAAGCACAAUCUCCAUGUUCCAUAAGUCCAGUCUCAGCGUGGUGGACAAGCCGGUCAUAAGUCCCACCUCCACUAGGCCGGCCAGUGUGUCCCGACACUACCUGUUUGAGAACAGCGACCAGCCCAUUGACCUGACCAAGUCCAAGAGCAAGAGAGCCGAGUCCUCGCAAGCACAAUCCUGCACGUCCCCACCUCAGAAGCAUGCUCUGUGUGACAUUGCCGAUAUGGUCAAGGUGCUCCCCAAAGCCACCACCCCAAAGCCAGCUGCUUCCUCGAGGGUCCCGCCUAUGAAGCUGGAAAUGGAUGUCAGGCGCUUUGAGGAUGUUUCCGGCGAAGUCUCAACUUUGCACAAAAGAAAAGGCAGGCAGUCCAACUGGAACCCCCAGCACCUUCUCAUCCUGCAAGCUCAGUUUGCCUCGAGCCUCUUCCAGACAUCAGAGGGCAAAUAUCUGCUUUCUGACCUGGGCCCACAAGAGCGGAUGCAAAUCUCAAAGUUCACAGGACUCUCAAUGACCACAAUCAGCCACUGGCUGGCCAAUGUCAAGUAUCAACUUAGGAAAACAGGUGGGACAAAAUUCCUGAAAAACAUGGACAAAGGGCACCCCAUCUUUUACUGCAGUGACUGUGCAUCCCAGUUCAGAACCCCUUCUACUUACAUCAGCCACUUAGAGUCUCACCUGGGCUUCCAAAUGAAGGACAUGACCCGGAUGGCAGCUGACCAGCCAAGCAAGGCGGAGCAGGAGAUCUCCCGGGUGUCGUCGGCUCAGAGGUCUCCGGAAACAAUAGCUGGUGAAGAGGACACAGACUCUAAAUUCAAGUGUAAGUUGUGCAGUCGGACAUUUGUGAGCAAACAUGCAGUAAAACUCCACCUAAGCAAAACGCACAGCAAGUCACCCGAACACCAUUCUCAGUUUGUAACAGACGUGGAUGAAGAAUAGUUCUGCAGGACACAUGCCUUAGCCUUGAUCUUCCCGCCUGGAUCUCCCUCACUCAGACCUUCUUCCUUGCACCCUCGCUUCUGACAUUGGACCACUGACCUCCUCCUGACACCCGGCUCAAGCAGACUGCAGGAAAAAAAAAAAAUCACACCAAUCAUUUCUCUUCAUCCUCACUAACAAUUUGGUAAUGAAGUAUUGAUUUCCACUUCUCUCCUUAUGGACGAUAUUAGAUUUUCAUUGAUAAACUGCAACGGGACUGUCGCAUCUCCAAGGUCCUCUUUUUACUGUCAGGAAAAAACAAAGUGCCACUGAGGAAAACUAAUGACUGGGAGCGUUGACGCACUUACUUUGUCCGUUUGUAACAGGAAAGGGAGGGGGUGUAUCACUCUUCAUAGUUUAAUGUCCAAGGGGGCUGCUCUUGGGAGCUUACUUUUUAUGGUAACGUCCAUUUCCUAUUUAUAACACCCCUGGGAACGUUUGUCUAAAGGAAAUGUUUCUGUUCAGUGUAACAAUUAAGGUUGCACCUGGAUUCCCUAGUCCUGCCCCUGCACCGGGGAGCCAUUAAUCACCACAGAGUAGAAGAGUUAUUAAGUUAAACCAGAGUUUGAGCCAAGAAAACCUCCCAACCAUGUUCAUCUUCUGUGAAAGUUGUUGGAAUAGACAGGCUUAACCGUGUUGCUGCCAAAGGCUUUUUCCUGUGUAGUGCUAGAAUAUGCAUCCUCAAUGGUCAUCUUGAGUAGUUUGUAAACUUAGUUCCCAGCAUGCACCACUGUCAGAUGAGACUGGCAAACUGGGAGAGGUGUAGAAUAGAACUGAAAAAAAAGCAAGAUGGCAUCAUCAAGAGUGCAAGGUGAAGUGGCCACCUUCAUUGGCAAUCUCUCCUUGCAGGACCUGUUGCCUCUCAAAUGCAACUUCUCCUCUGAACCAACAGAAUGCAUGAAAACAGGGUGUCCGUUUUAAACGUGUUCCUGCAACUUUUUUCAUUAAAACUUUAAGGGCCCAAUUUUAAUUUGUGGAAUAUUCCCGUUAAUAAUGAGAUCUAAUUAAGACAUCCAUUAAAAGCCCGUUAAAGUUAAUUUAACGUAAAAAUUCCAAUAGAACUGUAUUAGAUUUUCUCCAUUAAAUUAACGUUAUGGAUUUUUAACGGAUGUCUUAAUUACACGUUAUUAUUAACGGGAAUACUGUAUUACACAGAUUAAAAUCAGGUCCUAAGUCAACUUGGAAAAGCUAAGAGCAUGUUUUAAUAUUAAAGUCUCACAGACCUAGCACAGUUUGGAAGCGCAGGGGCAGGUGCAUUUAUUCUAGCUGAGCAUUUUCUGUACAAUAGAGAGUAAUCUACAAUAGAUAAAUCCAUCGUUUCAUUUAAACAAUGAGUCUCUUUAUUCUCAUAGGACAACAAAGUCUGGAUUGUAUUGUAAACUGCUACUCAGCUAUAGGUGAAAUAUUUAAACUAUUCUCAGCACAAUAUUCUGAAACAAAUGACUAUUUUGUGGUGUUGUUUUAAUUUCCAAGGUUAUCCAAAAGAGAAAAAAAAAAACAAAAAGGCUGACAAAAUCAAGCCAAAUACAACUGAUUUACCAUUUAUUAUAAAGCCUGCCUGUUGGAAAUGUCUUGGAAAUUUUGACAUGAUCCCUAAAUUCAACACUGGGAUUUAAAAUAAAAUUCAAAGAAAAAAAAAAAAAGAAAGAAAAAACUUAUUUACCUCCUAAGGAAAGUGUUGCCCU